UCUCUUCUCAGUCUGUCACAUCAGCUUGCACACGCGUUUAUAGCAGCAGAGUGCCUCAGUUCACUCGCUUUCAGACAAAAAAAAACUAAGUGCGAGACAGAACUUUAUUGAAAGUGAAUUAGCGUGUAACGGAAGGAAUGUGAAGGCAGAGGGAAUCCCGGUUAAAUAGGAAAGAAAUGGUGAAAAAAGGACAUUGGGAAGCAUUCUGGUCGCCGAGAUAGAUUUAAUUAUAAAUGUGCUGAGUGUCGUGAUUGGCCAAGUUAUCAGGUAAUCUAGAAACGCUGAAGAGACAGCAAACUGCCAGACACCCGCCACGCCACGCCACGCCACGUCAUGCCAGCAAGCUAACCGAAGCACCGCAGAGACAAGAUGACCCCAACGCGGCCGCUGGUGGCACUGGCGCUACUGGGAGUGAUGGCAGUGGUGAGGGGUGUGGAAGGGAGGGACGCCGAAUACUAUCUCAACCGCUGGAGUGCCGAGAACAAGAACCUGAAUAAAGUCAUCACCCCAGCGAACCCAUCAGGGCAGAUCCCGUCGCCUUUACAAAGCCCCUGGUCACGUCUACCUCCAGGGGCAACCGCGAGGGCAGUGCUGGCCAUCACGACAGCUUUUAGACCCUUCUUUUCUUCCUCCAACGCCACCAUCACCACCCAGACGCCGGCCGACGCCCAGCUACUUCCCCCAUCUGUAUAUGACCCUCCGGCCACACUGCCCGCCUUCCCCGAUUCAACCCAGAGGGAUCCCAAACUGUUCAAGCUGUCUGUGUCGCCCAUGCUCAGCCUCUUCAGCCGCCGCGUCAGCAACAUCCCCUGCGUCUCCUCCUCGGGGGAAAACGGCACCUGUUAUUCUGCCAGUGUCUGUAAUAGGCUUGGAGGAGCCACAUCGGGCCAAUGCAAGACCGGCGGGUCCUGCUGCGUGUUCCUGCUCACCUGUGGAGGCGUGGUGACCCAAAACUGUACGUACUUUGUCAACCAGAACUAUCCUGCGCCUUUUGACGGGGUGAGCUCCUGCCAGCUGACCGUCAACAAGAUCAACUCAAACAUAUGCCAGCUCAGGUUGGACUUCGACUCCCUGGUUCUUGCGGGGCCCGAGACAACAGACCAUCAAUGCCUCAACGACCGUUUCACUGUGUCUGGCGGCAGCAGAACCCCCACCAUCUGUGGCACCAGCACCGGCAACCAUAUGUACGUGGACCUGGGCCGCACCACCAACACCCAGGCCGUGCUCACCGCGGUCACGAUGGGUCCCUCGUUUGAGCGGACUUGGAAGAUCAAAAUAUCCCAAAUACCUUGCGACGCCAACUACGCAGCCCCCACCAGUUGCCUCCAGUACUACCAGGGGGUGACGGGACAGAUCAAAACCUACAACUAUGACGUGAGCACCGGCCUGCAGCUCUCCAACCAGGACUACACCUCCUGCGUGAGAACAGAGAUGAACUUCUGCGGCAUCCAGUACAUGGCCUGCCAAGACACCGUGAACGUCAACAACCCGCAGUCCUUCAGUCUAACGGGAAGUACAGCGACGCCGGUAGGAGGCGUUGUGGGAUCGACGAACUGCGGCAAGGACUGGCUCAUCAUCCCCUGCAUUUCGGACUCAUCCGUUGACCCCCCCUCGAACUGCGUGGACAGGAUCUGCGGGGAUGCUUUCAACAUACGCGCGGGGACCACCGUAGGAGACACCGUAUUGUAUAGUAACGUGAAGCCGUUCAUGUUGGUGUACCGCACGGACAACACUGAGGGCAGCGCCACAACGCCAGAAACAAACAACCGGGGUUACUGCCUCAACUACGUGCAGCAGCCGUGCGUGUGAGACAGCGGGAAGGUACAUCAAGGGAAAAGGGAAUGGUUGUUACUAUGAAUAAAUGAUGGAGAAGGACGACUGGUAAUCUAUCACGGUCAUGAAAAAUAUCCUGUGGACCGUGAUACAGUAUUGUAAGGAAUUUGUAUAUAUGCUUGCACGCGUGUAGGUGAGUGAGUGUGCCUGUGUGACCAUGUUCCCCGCCUGGUAUUGUACCAUGUGUGUUCGUUUGUGCGUGCAGUUUUCCUCGUGCAACUUGUUAAAAUGUCUGGGGGCGGGCCGAGGGGCGAGGAGACGCCUUGAGAUAGUAAAGUCGCGUCCCUACCGAAGAGUAUACAGGACAUUAUCAUUAUGUCUCGUCUAAACUACUCUAUAGAGUACUUUCUUUAUAGAGAGGCGAGCGAGACUAUGGUCCCGCCCGCCUUCCGUGCAGUGCCCACUGUUGCCCUGUUGCUGCCCUGUUAUCUUUUGUUUCCCGCUGUACGAAGUGCUUUGCAUGUGAAUGUGUCUGUCAUUAUUGUGUUACUUCAUAUAAGUGCAAUUAAACCUGUUA